UUAGCUUAAUUGACAUCACCGGCCGUGGCCUGACGCGUCCGGCGUGCGCCCACUCCUUUUACUCUCAACCCCCUUUCACUCUCAACCACCACCACCACCAUGGUCCGCAUUGACCCCAAUCGCUACGGCAAGGAAGGCUCUGCAGAAGUCGGUCCAGCGAAAGUGGACGGCGAGACACGCAUACGACGUAAUGCGUUGACCAAGGACAAGCUCGUCACGCAGCCAUGGGAAGGCAUAGACACGGUUUACGAUGUCCUCAUGUAUGCUGCCCGCACGCACGGCACUAAGGACGCCUACGGCACCAGAGACAUCGUCGAUGUGCACGAAGAGGAGAGGGAGGUCAAGAAAAUCGUGGGCGGGAAAGAGAUCACGGAAAAGAAAACGUGGAAGUAUUUCGAGCUGAGCGACUACAAGUACAUCAGCUUCCUUCAGGUCAAGGAGGCUGCACUCGAGAUUGCAGGCGGCCUUCUUGAGCUGGGCGUCGCAAAAAAGGACGUGAUAAACGUGUAUGCGGCUACGAGCGCCAAUUGGCAACUCGUGUCCUAUGGCUGCGCAACGAUAUCGACUCCGAUUGCGACCGCUUACGAGACCCUCGGGGAGUUGGGACUUCAGCACGCGCUCAACGAACCGGAGUGCGUCGCCAUCUACACGAAUGCGGAGUUGCUGAAGACCGUCGCGAACGUUGCUCACAACGUCCCGAGUCUCCGCAUUGUCAUCUAUGAUGGCAACGUUGAUGCUGCCGUUGUAGAGCAGAUUCGCAGCGUCAGAGAAGGCAUGCGGGUCCUCACGUUGGACGAAUUGCGAGAGCUCGGCAAGGGUGUCGACGAAGAGAGAUUAAAGGAACGACUCCCAACGCCAUCCGACCUGUCGUGCAUCAUGUACACGAGUGGUACCACAGGAACCCCCAAGGGUGUGAUGAUUACACACGCAAACGCUAUCGCCGCGUUGGGGUCCGUCUACACCUAUUUGGGGCACCAUCUCAAGCCGGACGAUGGCUACCUGGCGUAUCUGCCGCUAUCACACGUACUCGAGUGGAUCGUUGAAAUGUGUCUCUUCUUCGUGGGGAUGACAUUCGGCUAUGCUCGGGUCAAGACGCUCAUGGAUACCUCGGUGCGCAAAUGUUUGGGGGACAUUCGCGCGUUCAAGCCUUCCAUCAUGUGCGGUGUGCCUCAAGUGUGGGAGAUGAUCAGGAAGGGUAUCAUUGGUAAAGUCAACAUGGGCGGCACGCUGAAGAAGAGAGUCUUUAACGGCGCUCUUGCCGCGAAGAGGGCGGGCGUGCCCGGGUUGAGUGAGCUUGCUGACAGUGUAGUGUUCAGUCAGGUGCGGAACGCAACAGGCGGCAGAUUGCGCCUGGCGCUUUCGGGAGGCGCUGCGCUCAGCGUGGAAACGCAAGAGCUGCUCACGCUCGCGUUGGUGAAGAUCCUGCCAGGAUACGGACUUACGGAGACGUGCGGAAUGUGCACUGUUUUCCCGCCAGAGUUCACUCGGCUCGGCUCGGUCGGCCUUCCCAUGCCAUCGGUCGAGAUCAAACUUGUUGAUGUCGUGGACGUGAACUAUCUUUCGACGAACGAUCCUCCACAGGGUGAGGUUUGGGUCCGCGGGCCUUCGUUGACAAGAGGCUACUUCAAGCGGGAUGACCUCAACAAUGACGAGUCUAUCUUCGCAAAGGAUGGGUGGUUCAGGACAGGUGACGUGGGUCAGUGGAACUCAGAUGGUACUCUCAGCUUGGUGGAUCGUAUUAAGAAUCUGAUCAAGUUGCAAGGUGGAGAGUACAUUGCACUCGAGCGCCUCGAGUCCAUUUACAAGUCGUGCAACCUCGUCUCGAACAUCUGCGUGCACGCCAGCCCGGACGCAAAGCAGCCAAUUGCUAUCAUCAUUCCUCACGAGCAGCAGCUGCGGCAUGCACUUCAGACGAAGAACAUCGAUUUCGCACCGCACACGGGUCUUCAUGACAUCUGCGCCGACGACCGGGUGAACGAACUCGUGCUCAAGGAAUGCAAUGCGGUCGGCAAGAAGAACGGCUUUAGGUCGAUGGAGCUGCUCGAAGGCGUCAUCCUAACUGCGGACGAGUGGACUCCGCAGAGCGGACUCGUGACGGCUGCGCAGAAGAUACAGCGCCGGAAGGUCGCAGAGCAUUUUGCCAAGGAGAUCAAGGAAAUCUACCAUCCCAUAUCAGCGUCGUAAAGUUCUUCAUAGAUACCCAUGAUUUUUUUUUCACUGGCGACUGAUACCUUCUGCUGUCGUCGUUCGAUAGUACCAACGACCGUCCUCAUCUUUGUGUUUCUUGUAGGACCUCACUGUACUUAUAUCAUA